AUGCAAACAGAAGAGUUGCGACAAAUCCGAGUGGGCAUCAACGAAGCUUUCUGCGAUGGUGUCAACAGCGGCUUCUAUGUGAACUCCUACACGACAAAGCCUGGACCCGCAUUGGCUGGUAUGCUAGAAGAGCUGAGAAAAGGCAUCGAACGCUUGGAGGCCGAGAGACACAUGCGAGAAGAAGAAAGGUCGGCAGCAGAAAAGCGAGCUCGAGAUGCCGGCGACCAUGUACCAGGCCGCAGAGGCGUUAUGUUCGCCGAAACCUUGAAGACUUUGAUGCGCGUGAGCUCUUCCUACCGCAGGUGCUUGGAUGACGUGGUCUUACAAGGGUGGCGCAAAGUGGCGCGCGAAGAUGAGCUGUUGCGAGAGAUCCAGUAUGUUUAUAUUGGGCCACAAGGACAGCAAUGCGCAGAUUUGUAUACUGCGUAUGAAGAGUAUCAAGGUAUGAGCUGGGCAACCUAUGGUACCUGGGUGUAUCGAGUCGAACUGCCACCUCGUCCUGAAGUCUCUGUUCGUGCCGCUGUUCCACGACACGUGGAUUUCUAUUUUGCCUCUUCUUACAAGCUGUAUGGAUCACAUGUCCAGCGACUGAGUACGGAGCCGCGCGUUCCAAUGUUUGAAGGGUUUAGCAUGCCGCCCUUGACGGUCGACAGCGAGAGGAACGCCAUGUACAAGCAACUGCAGUGCAGGCCAGUUGCUGUACGUGACGUUCCUCUCGCUGACGAGGAGUUGGUCCUGGACGCCCUCGGCAACUUCUGCAGGCCCAAGCGGACACCGGUGGGUGAUCCUUCACAUGUUGCGGCAACGGCUUUCACCACGGCCUAUUUGGAGUGGGUACACGACAUGGAAGUUCAGGCCACAGAAGGCCGUAGACGUUUUGCUUGUCGUUGCGAGUACCCUUCGCUGUGGGAAACUUUGGAAGUGAGAGAACUUUUGGAAGAAAAGCUUCGCCAGGCCAACGCCUUGCAGCUCGAAGAGGGGGGCACUGGUGACCCCCCUCGAGCUACCGUCGCUAUGUAUUCGUCUUUGCUUGCGGAGAGGCGCGUCGCCAAUUUGGAAGGCCUUGCCCGUGCUCGCCAGACUCGCCCCAAGAAACGCCGGGAUACUGAUGCCUAUUUGCAGGAAGAAUUUGUUCAGCAAAUCCGAUGUCUCGGCGAGGGAGAAGAUGGUGCAGUGGACGCUGAACAUGUUAGUGACGAUGAUGACAUGCGUGGUGCUGCCCAGACUUGCACGGAAGUCUUUCAGCCGAUCACCUAUCGUGCUUCUACGGAAGAGUUGAAGAAGCUUUUGUUCUUUGAGUUCCAAGGCAAGCAAGAUGACCCGAAGACGACAGAGGAAGAGACCAACAGAGAAGACGUGGCUGCUGCCUUUGUGCGAAAGAUUUUGCCUCGACUGCCGGCAGAUUGGGUGCGGUUUCAAGAUCAGAAGUUGUAUGAGAAACCUUCUCAUUUGGUUCUUGCAAUGAUGACAGCUUUGCCUGCUGAUCGACAGUUGAACGAAGACCAGACUUUAGUCAUGUUGCGUUUUGCUGAUGUUUUGGACAAGGUCUAUGACGAGGAGCAGCGCAAGCCGCCAGAAAACAGAGGCGUUUAUCAUAUACUGUUACUCCGUCAGGGUGGUUCUGGGAAGACGCAUAUUGUGCAGAAUUUGAUCUUCCCCAUUGUGCAUUUCAUUUGGCCAGCAGAAGGAGAAGAAGACAGUAUGAUGGUUGUAGCCGCCAAAAAUGCACAAGCAAAGAACAUUUCGACUGAUCAGGUCGCUGCCAAGACGCUGCAUGCUGCCAGUUGCAUGCGUGUACAAAGUCUUUCAAACGGCAACAUGACUGCAGGAACUGCCGAGAAACGUUUGAAGACUUUGUGGAACAGCAUCCGAGUCUUGAUCAUCGAGGAGAUCAGCAUGGUUUCGGCUAUGAUGUACAACAUGCUAGACUUUCGAGCUAUGUUGGGUCGUCGUGUGGCUUGGCAUGUCGAUCCCCAUACAUACUCCAAAGUCGGCUGUGCUUUUGGUCGCGUUCCUAUCGUGUUGCAUCUCGGUGACUUCUUUCAGCUUCGGCCUACCGCGCAGUUGUCUUUGCUGGAUGACUUGGAUGCAAAGAAUGCCGAUGGCGAGCUCAAGUACGAGGCAGUGGCACCUGAAGUACAGUUCAAGGCUGGCGAUCCUUUGAUCGACCUACUGCAGUGCAUGCGACAGGGGAAGAAGUUGCCAACGCCUCUUUGGCGGAAAUUCCAAGGCCGUUCUGCAAAAGACGCCGAGCCUGGUGUCCCAGACCCUCGCUUUUUUGAAGACAAGUUUCGCUACGGAUAUUGCAUGUCCAUCUAUUGGAGUUCUUUGGCGCGCAUGUUGUCGCAUCGCGCUGUUCUGGAUGCUAAAGAGUUACAGGUUCCGUUGGUCAUGCUGCAAGCUGCCGAUGAAUGUUGUGACCUCAAACAAGACGCAGCUUUUCGCUUUCUGAACAUGACUAAUCCCAACAAGACAGGACACAUGCACGGCAUGUUUCCUUGUCAUGUCGGCAUGGACAUACGCUUUCUAGCGAAGCUCGAUGGUGAUGCAGGUAUGGUCCAAGAUACCCAGGCUAAGAUCAUCGAUUUUGAGUUUCACAGUCUUGACAGAGAAGCUUACCGCCAAACCGCCCCUGGUGAAAUGUUUUAUCCUCGCUUUCUACCUUCCGGUUUGUGGGUCUCUGUAAAAGAGUAUUCAGGCUGCCCGGAUUGGGAAGAACUUCAAGAGAUGUGUCGUAAGCAUGUUCAGACAGAUGAAGAGGCUUGCAAGCUGGCGAAAAGUUUUUGGUUCUUACCCGCAGUUGAAGUGAAAGUCCUCUUUUCCAGCACGCAGAAGCACGAAGUUCGCCGUUGUGGUUUGCAAGUGACACAUGCCCAGUGUUUGACCAGCACUGCUUCGCAAGGCUUGACCUUGCGCACAGGCACGAUCGUUGAUUGCGCGCGCUUGCCCGAGUUAGAUGACGACAAUUGGUGGCUCCACUUGUAUGUCAUGUUCUCCAGAGUCACAUCUCUCGAUGAUCUACUUCUUUUGCGCCCACCUCCUCGCGAGAUUUUGGAGCGGGGCCCUCCUGAGUCCAUUGUCGCUCGUGUGGCAGAAUUCCAAAAGAGAGCAGAACGAUGCCGAGAUGGCGCUCUGCAAGCGCUGUACUUGGGAGCUGCCAGGCCUGCGCGGCCUGUAGGUCGUGCGGUCGGUGCGGAGGAGUUGAGCCAGACUGCCGACCUUCGAAGUACUGCCAAGUACUGCUUGCAGAUACGAUCCCCUUUGGAAAGCACUGCAGGGCAGAUGCCACUUCGACAGAUGCCACUUCGCACCUGUGACGCAGAUGAGAGCAUAGCAUCCUCUUGCAGACACGAUCCCAUUUGGAAAGCGUUGCAGGGCAGAUGCCACUUCGCACCUGUGACGCAGAUGAGCAUAGUACGGCAGUACAUGAAGUUAUUCUAUCUUUCCAAGGCGCGAAUGAUGUGCUGA